UGAUUAGUAUAAAAAAGUUAACCGCCAUAAGUUCAGAAAAAAAUUUUGUUUUCUUACAUCUUUAUUUAUAUUCACAAUAAUUCACAAGUAUUUUUGCUUAAAAUGGCAGAUGAGGAACUUCAGGAAGAAUUAGAAAUAUUACGAAAGACGCGACGUGACUUACAAGAAUAUUAUUAUCUUUUAAGGAUAUUAAGAAAUGAUAUAGAAAAAAUGAGAAGCAACUUUUUAUUUACAUCUGAUAUUUGUGAGGCACAAAAAGACAAUAAAGCUCAAGAUAUUACGAAAAAUAAAAAAAUUCCUUAAUAGCAUCAUAAAUUAUAUUAAAAGUAUCAAAUAUGGUAAAUCAAUUAUAUAUUUUUAUUCAUUUUUCAGGAAGAUAUACUCAUUUUUAUAAUUUUAUAUUCUACUAUAAGUUUUCUUAAUAUUUUUUAUUAAUAAAAUGAAUAAUAUAUAUCUAAAUUUUUAGUAUACUUUGUUUCAUAUCAAGAAUUCCAUGCUCCUUUUGGAAAAGUAUUAAAAUACAGAUAUAAAAUUAAAUUUAAAAAUGAUCUUCAAGUGUUCUUCAUACUAUUUUCAAAGCAUUACUGGAUGUUUUUAUAGAUUUUGCAUGAUGCAAAAUACUUCAAAAAUACAAUUGAAUAUUAGCAAAAGAAAUAUAAACUUUCAAAGUCAAAAUAGAUCUAAAGAGAAAAUAUAUGGAGAAUGCAAAUUAAAUAAUAUCAAGCAACUCACGAGAUCUUACGAAUAUAAUAUUUUCUUUGACCGUAUGAUCGAUAUAAAUGUUUGUAUUAUUGGUGGAGGGUUAUCUUCCGUCUAUACAGCAAUUCUUUUGAAACAAUCCCGUCUUAUAAAAGAUAUACAUUUAGUUGAUUUAAGUGGAAAAUUAGCUGGUACUGUGUUGGAUGCAAGCCAUAUUGAUACUUCAAUUUGUAUAAAAUAUUUUACAAAAAAAAUGAUCAGAGAAGCCUUGACAAAAACAAAUAUUGUCGCGCUUAUGGAUGAAUCUGAUCUUAAUAUCCAUAAAGAUCCACAUGUUCAAUUUAAUUCAUGCUCGAAAUAUAUUCAUCAAAUAAUAGAGGAUAUAAUUACAGUUUGCCCUAUGGCUCUUGUAGCAAUUUUUACAAAACCAGUAACAGCAACAUUAUCAAUGAUAUCAGAGAUUUAUAAACGUGCAGGCAAAUGGGAUCCAAAUAGAUUGAUCGGUUCUGCUUCUAUGGAGAUAAUGAGAAUAGAAACGAUAACAGGAAAUAUCUUAGAUUUAAAUCCUGCAUCUAUAUCAAUCCCAAUAGCCGGAGGGGCUGAUCUAGAUACUGUUGUUCCACUCUUAUCAUGUGCAAAACCUAUCGAUGGAUUUAUAACUGCGCAUAAUAGCACAUUGGUAGAAUUAUUUCAAGCAACCGAACAAGAGAAAACCCAUUCUAACGUCAAAAAGUUUGCCCUCUUGGAUGGAAACGCUGCAGUAAAAUUAAUCUUGACACUUGCUAGUGGCCUUAGUGGUAUUGAUAAUAUCUAUGCAUGUGCUUUUGUACGAUCAAAUGUAUUGCCUGUAUGUCGUUUCUUUACGUCUCAAUUACAAUUUGGAUUGAGAGGAAUUAAAGAAAAUUUUGGUCUCCCAAAAGUUUCACCUUUGGAAAUUAAUAUGAUCGAAAAAGCAAUUCCAAUUAUCAAUGAAUACGUAGAAAUGGGAGUAAAAGCUGCUAAUAGUAAAGAAAUAAAAUCAUGACAUUUUAAAUAUAUUAUUUCUAUUUAUAUAUUAUUUUAUAAUUCUUGUACUUCUUUUUUAAACAUAAUUUUAAAUUUUAAUAAAGGUUCUAUUUCAAUAUCUU